AUGGCGACUGGUAUUCUCAAGAGAGUGGUGCAGAUGUCAGAACAAACAUAGACGUCAAUUUAUGGAGCAGAAUCUCAACACCACAAGAACGACUAGAAUGUAUUGAUAUAUACCAACAUAAGCAAGAAAUCUCACUCAUCAAACAACUAAAUAGUUCUAUGGUCAACAGUACUAUGUUAAUGUCGGUUGCAGGAGACACAAACAGAAAUAGAUGUUUUUUCUGUGUAGAUGUGUUAUUCCGGACAGUUAACAUCAUACAGUACAGACGACAGCAUUGCAUAAAGAGUUCGAAUGGUUCUAACAUUAGUAUUUGUAGAGGUAUUUCCGAAGGCCUACCUGACAUGGAAAGUACUACUACGAUGUUCAGAAUAAGUCCAAUCGAUAUUAACUGUAUAACAACAAUAGAAGGAAUGUACCAGUUUACAUAUGAGGUCGGAGGUGCCAUGUCGAGAGGGGGGAUCUGUAACAAUUCCAACAGUAUAAUAGCUGCUUGUCAAGAUCCAGGAUCAGCAUAUGUAGACAACAAGUAUUUCCAGAUGAAUUAUUCCAGAUGCUAUGAUGUUUCUACAUCCAAGGAUCAAAGUAUACGAUAUAGAUGUAUGGGAUCUUGGUAUGCUGUUAAGAAUGGUGUUGGCUAUAUUUUUGCUGCAGUUGCCGCAGUGGUUGAAGCUGAUAUUAGAGAGAAAUUUAAAUGCAUGAUGACCAUGAAAGACCAGAAGGAUCCGAAUAACUGGGUUCGUUGGGUGAUGAGUAGAUUUCCAAAUUGUAAUUCUUUAAACAGUAUCUACGAUGGCGACCGGAAGCUCAUAUUAAGAAGAGUUCUGCCACCUACGAAUUUUCUCCAGCCUCAUUGUGUGUUACCAAGGAAUAUAUCGGGAAAUUGGUUCACACAAGGGAAACAGUUUAAAUCUGAUGUUUUAAUUAAUGAAACACAUAUAACAUUUAAAACCAGAUUAAACCAGUUUACACUGAGGAAUUCGUACUUCUCCUGUCAGCAGUCAAAAGACACACGAUACAUGAUGACAAGGGUAACAGAGGGCAAAUGCGAAGUUGACUUGGUAUGUUUUGACAUCUUGCCACGACACCAUAGUGUUGUGAGGUACAGGAUAGGCAAACCUGUCAGAAUAUCACAAGACGAAGCACGGAAUAACAAAAUACUAGUCAAGAAAUUUAGGGCAGCAUGUAGCUGGAUGUCAUUUACUUUUAACCGAGAAGAAAUUGAUUGGAAAUAUGAAGUCCUAAUCCUAAAUCCACCCGCUCCAUUUCCUUGUCCUAUAGCCGGACGAUAUCAUUUUGAACAAUUUUAUAUGACAAAAACAGAAAAGUUCAACACCAGAAUCAGAGGUGUAACACAGCGACCGAGGUCUAAGAUAUACUGUCGAAUUACUGUAUCUGAAAUGAAGUCAUGUACCAAUGAUGUAAAUAAAAUCUCCGUUGAUGCUGAGUACUGCGAAACAUUGAACUACAGAGGACGUCCAAUUGGAGAAUAUGAUGUGUCUGACCAUGAGUUGACAUGCGUUGGGUUCUGGAUGGAAGAUUACAAGUCGUACUUGAUCACUUGGGAUGAGGAAGACGCCAUUUCAAACUUCAGAUGCUGGGUGUAUGAGCGAUUGAGUUGGACAGAUGUAAUGAUGUCAAGGUCACAAAAUGCUAGAUGUCCACCAGAACAAACAGCCGAUUCUUAUCAGUUAGAUGGAACCGGUCUGUCACUUAAACUCACAGAAAGUGAGAGAUUGUUUGAUGACUGUCCACAAAGGUUCGACCCUGGACUUGAUCCUUACAGAAAGCCAACAAUUAUCUACAUACUCAACAAAGCCAAUGGUUCAACUCCUUCAUACUGUUUGUUACUUUUAACAUUAUUUGCAAUACACUUUAGAGUAACAUAACACCAAACGGUCCAAACUCUGGACUACAGAUGAAUAGACCUUUUUUGCAUACGACUUCGGAUUAGUGCAUAUCUUAUAAUAGAACAGCGCUGAGAAUUAAAAGUUUGUAUAAAUGUACCGUGUUGUAUUUAGCAUUUUAUUAAUGUUUUCAAUACAUGUAUGAUUGUUUCUGGAUGCAAUUAUGAUUUUGGAUGAUGAGAACAAAUAAUAUUCUUGUGCAGUGUAAUACUGCGAACACAAUUUUCACUGGUACCUUCAGUGAAUGGUGUGAGAUGCUUUAUCCUGUUUUUCUACACGAAGUUUUUCAUGAAUUUAUAGUUUGAUUUAAAUUUGUUUAAGCAUAAAUCUAUGUAUAAAGUGCAAAUUUUCUUGUUUUAUAUAUAUAUACUAGUAUUCCAAUUCUUCUUAUAUUAAUUGUCUAACUGUAUUUCAAUACCAUAUCAUCUUAUCAUGAAUAUACACUUAACUCGAAUUAUUCUGAGAUAGAGAUAUUAUGGAUUUAGAAGUAUGUUUUAACCCGUUAAAUUUUAAAACAUACGAUUUGAAAUUGUAUACGGUAUGUAUAUGCCGCUAAUGACACGAAUGGUCUCUCCCUAUUACACUACAUAUUUGUUGAAGCUUUAAAUGUUGUAAUAUUUUAUUGUAUAUUGUUGACUAUGCACAAUUUAUUUUAUAUAUAAUGUAAUUAUGAGGAUAAUAUAUGAUAAUUAUGAAAAAAUAUUUACACAUGAUAUGUUUUUCUUACCUCUAACCCAUUUCAAAAAUAUGACAGUGAAAAAAUGGUAAUAAAAACAUCAAAAUAAUAGUAAUUUUCCAUUUGUCCUAUCAUUUGUAGCGUUAAGCAUGUUCCCGUUUUUUAUAAUUGGUUUUUAUUUUCAGUAAGUAGCUUAGAACAUUUGUAAUUUCUCGGUUUCCUAUUUUAAUAACAAUAAAAACA